GCUGCCGUACUGUAGACGCUGUGCACGGUAGGUUGCUUUCGCUCGAGCUGCUGCAUGCAGAGAGGAGACAGUGUGGGAGUGAAAUUCGACGGUUUUGGAGAUCGCAGAAGGAGUUCAGUAACUACCACUACCUUGUACUAGCAGGAGCAGCAGCAUUUAACUGGCAUAAAGAAACAUUUCCUCUGUAGUUUAAAUGGUCACAUCUUACUCCAUUGACUCGCUACCGGCUGCCCACCACAAUGGCGGAGGUAUCAAAGAAGAAAGGAGCUAUUUCAGAUCCGAAGAGUAACCAUGGCAACAACAAAGUGGACGUUGAUCAACAAAGCAGCAUGAAGCGACUACUAGGGUUUGGGUUGUCCGAUGUCAACAGUUGGGGGCGCUUUGUGCGUUUCAUGAACUCACCACGGGAUCCAGCUGGGUUAGGGGUCCUCAGAAUCACAUACGGUAUUUUAAUGCUGAUCGAUAUUCCUCAAGAGAGAGGAAUGUCCAUGAUUGACACUCGCUUCGGGGAUCCCAUGACGUGCCAUUUUCCCCUCUUCAAUUUCCUUCGUCCUCUGCCAGUAGACUGGAUGUACGUUGUGUACCUCGUCAUGCUUGCUGGUGCACUUGGCAUCCUACUAGGUGCCUUCUACCGUCUCAGCUGCCUGCUCUUCAUCAUUCCAUACUGGUAUAUCUUCUUCUUAGAUAAGACAGUUUGGAAUAACCAUUCUUAUCUCUAUGGGCUGAUCAGCUUUCAGUUGCUGUUUUAUGAUGCCAAUAGAUUCUGGUCCAUUGAUAGCCUGAGAAAUCCCAAACUUAAGAAUGCCCAUGUUCCUCUUUGGAAUUACUCCAUGAUCCGGACACAGAUAUUCUUGGUGUAUUUCCUGGCCGGCUUGAAGAAGAUCGAUGCUGAUUGGUUGUUUGGAUACUCCAUGGACUCGCUGGCCAAUCACUGGGUUUUUGAUCCAUUCAAGAUGUUUCUAACCGUCCGCCAGGUGGAUGUGUUGAUUGUACACAUUGGAGGUUUCCUGCUGGAUCUUACAGUCGGCUUCUGGCUAUUCUUUGAUCGUACUCGUCCCUUUGCGUUCUUCUUCUGCGGGAGUUUUCAUGUUAUGAAUUCUCAGAUUUUCAGUAUCGGUAUGUUCCCUUUUGCGAUGCUGUUCACCAUGCCAGUGUUCUGCUAUGCUGAUUGGCCAAGGUCUCUCCUCUCCCGCCUACCAUCUUUCCUGAGCACACGUCUCCUCCCACCCCAAGAGAGUCAGCAGAGAAGUGAUCACUGUGUGUACCCGGCGGAGAUCAAGGAAAAGGAGGUGACCAAAGAAGCCAAAGAAAUCAAAUCUAAAGACACAAAAGAGAAGAAACCCAAGAUGGAGACGAACAAAGAUGGGCGUCCCGGUCUCUUCCAUCAUCUGACGAGUUGUUUCUUCAUCCUCUACAUCGCAAUUCAGCUCUUCUUGCCUUACUCUCACUUCCUUACAAAGGGUUAUAACAACUGGACCCAAGGUCUUUAUGGGUACUCCUGGGAUAUGAUGGUACACAGCUGGCAUACACAGCACGUCAAGCUUCACUUCAUGGACAUGGAGACAGGUGAAGAAGGAUACUUGAAGACUGAGUUUUUCAGUCCGAGGAACGGUCGUUGGGCGAGUCAUGCCGAUAUGAUCAAGCAGUUGGGUGUGUGCGUCUCUGAGAGACUAAAGACCCAUGGGUUUGAGAAGCCUGCCCUCUAUCUGGAUGUUUGGAAAUCAAUGAACGGACGCUUCCAACAAAGAAUGUGGGAUCCCCGUGUUGACAUCGUCACUGCUCCCUGGUCACCGUUUGAGGAAGUCACAUGGCGUCUACCCCUACUGACGGAGCUCUCUGAUUGGAGGGACAAAGUAGAGCAUCUUGAAAAGGACAUUGAAGAAAAACAAAUGGAUGUCACAUUUGUUGCCGAUUUUCCAGGGUUACAUUUGGAGAACUUUGUGAGUGAAGAUUUUGGGAACACCACCCUGGAGGUUCUAAAUGGAGAGGUAGUAGUUGAGCUGGUCGAUGUGAGGAAAAAUGUUUCCCUUAAAGUUGGAGGAAAAAUGCAGAUUCCCGCUGGUCAAUUCCAUAACGUCUACACCAUCUCUUCAACUCCAUCUUGCUACAUGUACAUCUUCGUCAACACUACGGCCCUCGCCUUCAGUAAAGACGUAGAGGUAUUCUUAGAAAAACACUUUGCUGGUAAAGAAUUGAACGUCGGUCCUGAUAAUCGCUUCAUCACAGAUGAUCUUGAUUUAAACAUGUCUGAUCCCAUGGUACCUGUCAUCUUGGAUCAUCUUAACGAAGCCAAUCAAGUUAUCAAGAGAAAGAAUUCCACAAUGUUGCAAAAAUCUAAACGCUUCUUCCAGAAGAAGGCUACAAUGAUGUCUCAGACAUUACAACAGACUGCCCAAGCUCUCGGCCACGUCUUCUUUGGUAUGGAUUCGGUUGUCACUCGAGUGAUGCCACCGCAGGAGUCACAGGAAACACAUCAUGAAAACAUGCAUUCUGGGGGUGAACUUUAGACUCUGUCAUGACCCAUGACCCAUGCAUUGUUCAAUUGCAAGAGCUCGGAGCAAGUUUGAGCAAGGGAUUAUAGUUGAUAAUAACACACCUCUUGCUUGUUCUGUAUUCUGGUUGCCCUGAAACACGGUCACCUGGGAUGAACUUAAAUAGUCUAGUGAUCACGCGCGACUGUUUUGCAGGAACAGUACCCGGCAGACACUAGUCUUUGAAAAUAGUGCCCGGUUACAGCGCCCUCUCUAAUUGACUUGAACCGUGAACAGCAACUUUUCCAGAUUUCUGUUCUUAUUUCACAUUUAAGACAGAGGUGUGUUAUAAAACACAUAUUGACUGGAAUAAUUUGGUAACUAUAGUGUACGUCUAUAAUUCCCUCUCGGGCCUGUGAGUGACCAGAAGAGGGGCCUCUUUCCCGAGGCCUUAUGCCAGUCAAUAUGUGUAUACUAUUUUUCGAACAUUGGGCGAUUUUGCCUGGUACCCAGGAUGUAUUGGUAACCAUGGAAGAUUGACUUGUGGUUGACAAGCGGUCACUGCCCGAACGUGCCCUCAUUUAACUGAAACAAAACAUUGCCUUGUAAUAAUAUAAGCCUUUAUGAAAAACUUUGCCAGUUAUCCUUCAAAAAUGGGGAUAUCAAAUUUUAGAGAUUAUAUUUGUUGACUUAGAAGAAAGGUUUAUGUGUGCUAUAACGAAAGAGUUUUAUUUUCUGAGUCUCAAAUCUGAAAUGUGCAUUAUUAUUAUUAUUAUUAUUAUUAUUAUUAUUAUUAAUAUUAUUUAUAUAGUGCCUCUCCAGAGGAUCAAAGUGCUUUACAAUAAAUCUAUAAUCGAAAAGCACAAACAAAAUAUUGUAUUGAACAGUGGAAACAAAAUACACUGCACAAUAGAAAAGACUUUUUAAAAGUAUUAGAUAUAUACGAAAAAUACUGCAAGUAUAACAAUUCUACAAGACAGCAAAUGAUCAAAGAUAAUUAAGUUAUAAUGUUUAUACAAGCAAAGCCAGUAUUAUCACACAGUAUAUGAUUUAAAGCUACUCUUUUAGGAUUAAAAAAAAAUUAAAUACCACAAGACAGCAAAUGUUCAAAGAAUGUGUAAAUAUUGACUAAGUCAUAUGUAGACACAAGUGUGGACACUAUUGGUAAUUACUCAAAAUAAUUUUCAGCAUAAAACCUCACUUGGUAACUAGUAAUGGGG